CUUAAAUUGCUCACAGUCAAAACGUACCUAACGAGGAGACAACAUGUUAAAAUUUAAAAGUGAAAAUUUAAUAAAAAAAAAUUAACUAAUAUUUUAUUUUAAAAAAACCCCUCCACACUCUACACUACAUACAUAAACUGCAUAGCUACAUAAGUGUUUUGAUUUUAUUUUGUGUUUUUCGAAUAAUUAUUUUUCUUCCUUGGAACGGACGGAUAUGUUUUCGCAAUCCUUAAAAGGACUCAAUAUCGUUAUCGUUCGUAAUUGUGUUAUUGUGAAAGUAACGUUUAUAUUGUGUUUUUUAAACUCUUUCGUAACGGCAUAUCCUCCCAAUACCUAUCGAGAUUUGGAUAUAUGCAAUCACUGGAAUGGUCGACGUCAUUUCCUGGAACUGGGCGAACGUGGAGAUUUACAUGCUCGUAAUGUAACCACUUCAGCAUUUCGUGUACGAAAUACAACACUUUUUGCGCCAUCGUCCUCCUCUACCUCCUCCUCUUCCACCUCUACAAAUGGAAAUUCGUUGAAAAAUCGUUCGACUCUGGAUUAUUGGUAUCAGUGUAACCUUGAAUUGGUGACGUGUGCAGAAUGUGUUAUACGCAUAACAUUUACUUAUGCCAAUUUCUCGAAAAACUGUGAACGUAUGGGCAACACGGCCCUCGGCAAAUCGCUAAUGUGCCCCUGUGAGCAUAUGCAAUUUUCGGAACCGCCCUACGAUAGUUCUAUUUCGGGACAGGAAUUUUGUGGUGAUGGAAAAGUAUUUCGUAGUAAAACUCGUACAUUGUUGUUGAAAUUUUUCUAUCGAGCCACCAACAGUCAUGUUUUCUCAUUGCAAUACUUUUCGGAACGUAAUGUUAAAAUUGUCAGCGGUUCACCGUAUAAAAGUUCUAACAGCGAUGAAACACCACAAAUCAUAUCGACACCGUAUUUCCCCAUGUCAUAUCCGCGUGACUAUGGUACAGAACAAAUUCUAACUUGCGAAGCGGAUAACUGUAAUGUAAGAUUAGAUUUUACGGACUUUCAAUUGGGUCCAACGUCUACGUUGGAAAUUUUCGAUUCCAAUGGACAAAUGGUAGAUUCCUUUAAUGGCGAACAUUUUCGUCCACCAAUUAUUAUUAGUACUGGGAAAUCACUAUUAUUGCAAUUCCGUGGUAAUGGUGUUACAGGUAGUGGUUUUCGAGCGGAAGUUACAUUUGUAACACCGAAACAAAGAGAAGAUCGUCUUAUGCCCUACACAGAUUGUGGUGGCUUGGUUUCUGGUCCCGGUGGCGCAAUAACUAUGAUGAAUAUGAUUGAAAAUGCCACCGAUGUGCGCUUUUUCGAUUGCAUAUGGAUUAUUAAGCCCGGCAAUAACUAUAUGAUGAUGAAAACUCAUAUAUCGCUAAGAAUUGAGGAGUUCCACAGCAUGGCUUCGCGAUCAGAUCUAACCAUUAGACAAGGCACUACAUCCGAUGCUUUGGAAAUCGAAAAUGUUGUUUGGCCUAAUAAUGGCGUUAGUAAAGAGACCCAUGUGGUGCCCAUACUAACUGGCUAUUAUAUACGUCUAAGGGGAGUCUUUGGCAUGUCCUCCAAGUUGGCCAUAGUUUAUAGUGUUUUCAACUAUUUAAAUUGCUACAUUGGUUCGGAGUUUCUGUGUAGCAAUAACCAUUGCAUCUCGAUACGUUUACAUUGUGAUGGUUUCGAUCAUUGUGGUGAUGGUAGUGAUGAACCGGAUUCUUGUGAAGAUGAUUGGGCGCACUUGCAAAAUGAUCGUCGUUGGUAUUCCCACAAACCGAACUAUUAUUUUCCCAAAAUAGAACAAUAUCCAGAUCUAAAAACAGCUACUGGCAUUUUUAUUAUCUCGACUUUGGGUAUAUUUGCUGUACUGUCUGGCUGGAUGGUCAUUCUAUAUCGUAUGGGUGUAAGAGCUCGUCAUCAAAGGGAAUUACAGAAUCACUUACAAACCAUAAGUGAAUUAUUGGAUCGUCAAGAGGAAAUUACUACACCCGAUGAACCGCCCAGCUAUGAGGCUCCUCCGGAUUACGAAGAAGUCAUUAAGAUUGGCAUGGACACGGAAAUGCGUGAGCCACGCGAACGUCAUCGUAAACAUCAUAGACGUCAUCGGGAUUGCAGUCGUGCCUCUAGUAAUGUCACCGUUUCCUCUACGGUACCCAUCCACAAUUGCAGCGAUAGGCCUUCCACUUCUGCUGCUGCAGCUUCUACCUUGGCUGCCGAGAGUAUGGCACCUACAGCUGCAGUUAUUUUAAGUGAUAUUGAGGGUUCAGUUUGCCAAGAUUUGACUCAACAUGUCAUACGAGCUACUCAGAAUUGUGGUAUUACAGGCCCGUCUCAAACAGCAGAGACAGCGUCAACGUCAAAUAAAUGUCGUUGUAAAUGCCAGGCGGAGGAAAAUAAAUGGAAGCAUUUAACAACAUCUCCGAUUGUUGAAAACACUAGUCAAAAUAUUAAUUCAUGCAAUACCACAACCCAAUUGGAAGAAUGUAGCCAUGAUUUCUGUGACGAUACUUUAAAUAUUUCAUUUUCAUUAGGAUUACCACAAACCAAUAACGGAAUAACGAAUGAAAACAAUAAUAACAAUAACGAAAAUGCUAACGCAAGACCCAAAAGUUCUGUAAACUGUACGGAACAAACAUGUUUAACAAAAUCCUGGAUUGUUAUGAACAGUGGCGGUCAAACGUACAAGGUACAACGUUUGCGACCCACCUUUUCGUCACCGGAAUCAUUUCUUCACGAUUGGUCCUUCUAUGCCGACUCACAGAAUUAUGGCUCAAUUUUGCCACACGAAAAGAGUUUCAUUUUAAGUAACAAUACCAGUAAUUUUAUAUCGGAUCUCUCGAGAGAUCCCUCAGCAUAUAGUAUUGACAGUCAAAACUCGAAAACAAGACUGAAAAGUACUAAUCCAAGUACAAAUAGUUGCAGCAAUAACAACAUUACAAAUGAAAGCGAUAUUACACUAUACGAGGAGGAUAAUACGCCAUCAACAUCCGCCGCGACCGGUCAACAGAAUUCUGAUCCGGGUACACUUCUGCUGCUGAUGUCAGAAAUGGAAAGUGAUGAUGGUGAGGGUGGUGAACAGAAUAUUUCGUGUUUUGGUGCCGUCAAUAAUCCCUUUAAAGUUAAUGCUAAACUAAAAUACUCAGCUGUUGGCCGUACUCAUAUACGGAGGAGACAUGCUCGCAGUAGAUCCUUUACCAAUAGUGGUAAUGAACGUUCAGACAACACCUUGAGACGUAGUUCAUCGGCCGAUUUAUUAUUAUUAAAUUUGAGACCAGAUAGUAGUGAUAUUUUGUACAGUGAUAAUAAUAGCAAAGGAAAUUUCUAUUUAAUUUAAUAAUGAACAACAAAAACAACAAACACACCUGAAAUACAUACAUACAUAUUUAAUGCAAUUAAUACAAUUUGUAAUUAUUGUAAUGAAUGGAGUUUUAGUUCAUGGUGAAUAAUAAAUAAAUAAUGAAAAUAUAUUUCAAAA